AUGGUCAACGUUAACAGAGCUCAACAAUAUCGCCAGGUUCAACCAUCGCGAUUGGUUGCUCCCAUCCCAACCGUCGACAUCAACAUCGAUGGUGACAACGACGACAGAACCCCGACCCGCGAAGUCGAGCGCGUCGUUAUCCACGAAAUGCAAGAACUCCACCGCACAACCCCCCGCCUAUCCCCAGCACCUCCCGGCCGAUCACCCAGAUCAAAUGUGCUCGCGGGUCUCAAGCUCCAAACCACAUUCGACCCCAAACCACCAAAAUCCUCCAACAGGAAGAGAUCACCCCGACACCACCUCGCUCCCCGCAGCCCAGCACGCCAGUCCGACCUCGAACUGACCACCCCCAUCCGCGUCCAACGCACACUCGCCAAGAUGGAACUCGAGCUCGUGAUUCCCUCCAACAAGCCUAAGCGCGGCGGGUUCAUCUAUAACUCAUGUUCCCCUCUUGCCUCCAAAUCGCCACAAUCCCAAACUUCAUCUCCUUCCACCGUCCAAGGUGCUCAGUCCCCCUCUUCAGACUUUGAUUCCCCAUCAACAGUCAUCAUCAACUCCAACUCUAAUCCCACCACCACCACCACCACCACCACCACCACCCAAUCUCCCUCCUCAGAUUCUCCAUUAUCAUCGUCCUCAUCAUCAUCAUCAGAAGAGGAAGAACAACACACCGCCCGCCCGCUCGACUCCCCGCGCACCGCCCUGACAGCAACAAGAAUCAACAUCUGGCUGCAGCCGCCGCACUCAUCAGGCAACACCUUGGAUGGGAUCCUGCACAAUGGGAACUCCAGCUCCAGCUCCAGCUCCAGCUCCAACAAUCUCGGCUCGCAAAACUCGGACGUCGAAAACGAGUCCGAAGACUCUGACAAUGAAAGAUUGGAGGUCUCACCCGGUGGGGGCAGGUACAAUCGGUUUGGUAACAGAUUGGGCCCCCUGACGCCAAAUGGGUAUGAUGAUAUUAGCCCGAUUACCAGGGGGGAGUGGGGGUUUUUGAUGGGCGUGGGCGGAGCGGGUGGUGUGGGUGGGCUGGCGAGACGGGCGGGGGUUGAGGCUUUGUGA